AUGCCAACCGCCGCCGGCCCCAUCACCUGGAAGGAGAAACGCAGAGCACAGAAGGCCAUUUUCGACACAUGGAUCACGAGCUCCGCCGGACAAGAAGCGCUGAAGCCCAAGAACCGCGAUGGGAAGCCCAAGUCUGGUCUCGAUGAAGAGCAGUCGGUGCACUCCUUACUUGCGCAGCAGCAGCGCGACACGCAGAUUGUGAAGAACCCUCGCGAGUAUCAGAUUGAACUGUUCGAGCGUGCAAAGCAGGAGAAUACCAUCGCGGUCCUCGACACGGGCUCAGGCAAGACAUUGAUUGCAGUCUUGCUUCUUCGAUGGAUCAUUGACCACGAGAUUGAGAACCGUGCCAAGGGAUCUCAAGCAAAGAUCUCGUUCUUUCUGGUGGCAAGCGUGACUUUGGUAUACCAGCAAUUUGCAGUGCUCGAGACCAACCUUGAUCACAAGGUCGCCAGACUUUGUGGAGCCGACAAUACUGACAGAUGGGACAAGACUCGUUGGAUGAAGGAGUGCUACGAGAACAAGGCAAUCGUCUGUACUGCCGAGAUUCUGUUCCAAGCACUUUCCUUUGGCUACCUCACUAUGAAGCAGAUCAAUCUCCUCAUUUUCGACGAGGCGCACCAUACCAAGAAGAACCAUUCAUACGCGAGAAUCAUCAAGGACUUCUAUCUCGAAGAAGAAGUACACGAUCGACCACGUAUCUUCGGCAUGACCGCCAGUCCCAUCGAUGCCAAAAUGGAUGUCAUCCAAGCCGCGCACGAGCUCGAGGCACUCCUUGAUUCGAAAAUCGCCACCACAUCCGACAUGAGCUUAUCGAGCGCUAUCAAGAAGCCCAAGGAACAAAUUAUGAGAUAUCCCUCUCUUCCCCAGGCCGGCUUCGAGACGCCGCUUUUACAAGCCGUUAGAGCCCGCUACAGCGACAUGACUCAAUUCACCAAAAUCUUUACCCGUGCCGCCGAAGUUGCGCGACACCUGGGCUCGUGGUGUGCAGAUUUCUAUCUGCUUGACUGCCUUUCUGACGAGAAGUCUAAGAGAUACAAGCUUGCUGCGGAGCAGAAGUUCCACGCGCGCAAUGCAGGUCGAGAAGUGGCUGCCCUUGACCGUGCCUUGAAGCGCAUCGAUGCUGCAGUGGCCUUUGCACAAGAGCAUCGAAAUAUCCUCGACACGGAAAUCACGAGAGAUCGUAUCAGCUCGAAGGUCUAUGAGCUCUACAGAUAUCUUGCUGAGCAGUUCGAGCGGCCAUCGAGCAACCGCUGCAUUGUGUUUGUUGACAAACGCUACACUGCCCGCCUUCUGAACAGCCUCUUUCAGCGGAUCAAGUCUCCACACAUGAAGUCAACAUUCUUGAUUGGCUCUGGUAACACCGGCCAGGACGAAGACAACUUCUCGUUUCGUCAGCAGGUUAUGGUUCUACUGAAAUUCCGCAAGGGUGAUCUAAACUGCCUUUUCGCUACGUCCGUGGCGGAGGAGGGUCUUGAUGUGCCCGACUGCAAUCUCAUCAUCCGCUUCGACAUGUACGCCACGAUGAUCCAGUACGUCCAAUCGCGCGGUCGUGCUCGCAAUCAGAAUUCCAAAUUCAUCCAUAUGGUGGAGAACGGCAACUCGAUACACAAGGAAACAGUGAACGAAGUGCGGUACGCUGAGCUGAGCAUGAGGGCGUACUGCGACCAGCUUCCUGAGGAUCGCAAGCUUCAAGGCAAUUCGGAUAGCAUUGAAGCAUUGAUGGAACGAGAGAGGAAUAUGGAGGUCCGCGUGGAUCCCGUCUCAAAGGCCAAGCUGACGUACGGCAAUGCACUGAACAUCCUGGCUACAUUUGUAUCCGCAAUACCUACCGACGGUCACGAGAUGCAGCAUCCCACCUAUGUCGUGUCUUCCCGCGGGCAGAAGUUCGUUUGCGAGGUCGUGCUGCCCGGCAACUCUCCACUUCGAUCCAUGAUUGGCAAAGUCCACCAAAAGAAGACACUAGCGAAGCGAUCAGCUGCCUUCGAGGCGGUUAUCGAGUUGAGGAAGAAAUCGUGGAUCAACGAGAACCUUAUGCCGGUAUAUCAGAGGAAGCUUCCUGCUAUGCGAAACGCGCUACUAGCUGUGGACAUGAAGAAGACCAACCAGUAUGCCAUGCGCAUCAAACCAAAGAUUUGGGCCGAACAGCGAGGCACAUUGCCCGUGCAACUCUGGAUCACAGUCAUCGAUUUCCCGGAGAAGCUUGAUCGUGUUCAUCAGCCUAUCGCAUUCUUGACGAGAACACAGAUGCCGCAAUUUCCUUCUUUUCCAAUCUACCUUAAUGACGGACGCGCGACCACCGUCAAAUCCGCCGACCUAGGAGCUCCGCUACUCGUGGAUCAAGAGCGGCUUAAGAAGCUGACUGCAUUCACAUUCCGCGUCUUCCGCGAUGUGUUCAGCAAGACCUAUGAAGAGGAUGCGGCCAAGCUGUCGUACUGGCUCGCGCCUGCCACUCUUCUGCUGUCUACCGACCAGGCAUCAUCAGCCCAUAACAUUGACCCCAUGACGGCCAUCGACUGGCGUCUCCUGGAGGAUGUUCUCGAUAACGACGAGUACAAGUGGACUCCAAGUACGCCACACGAUCGCUUUGUCGACAAGUUCAUUGUGGACAUGUUCGAUGGGAGUCGCAAAUUCUACUCCAUAGGCGUCGACAGCUCGUUGCACCAAGACGAUCCCAUUCCAGAGCAUGCUAGCAAGGGCAAAGGCAAUCGAGGCGGCAGUAUCAUGAACUACAGCGUCAGUCUAUGGAAAAAGUCUCGACAAGCAAGGGUUUGGUCCCAAAAUCAGCCAGUCGUGGAAGCGGACAUUGUACUUCAACGCCGCAACAUGCUCGCACCACCAGAACAAAAAGAAUUGGCGCCCGUCACAAAAGCUUACAUUGUGCCGGAGCCGCUGCGUAUCUCUGCAAUCACCCCAAACGUUGCAGCUUCAUGUUUCGUGUGGCCGGCGAUCGCUCACCGAUUCGAAUCUUGUCUCAUUAGUAUCGAGGGGUGUGAAGCGGUCGGGGUGACAUGCGGGCCAGAAUUCGCAUUGGCAGCCUUUACCAAGGACUCCGACAAUCAAGGAGAGCACGAAGCUGAGGAGCGUGUCAACUUUCAACGCGGCAUGGGCGAGAAUUACGAGCGCCUCGAGUUCAUCGGCGAUACAUUCCUCAAGACAGCGACAACAAUCUCCACCUUCAUCAUGAACCCCAAUGAGAACGAAUUCGAGUUUCACGUCCGGCGUAUGCUGAUGCUUUGCAACAAGAAUCUAUACCAGACUGCACUUCAGCUUAAGCUUUACGAGUACAUCCGAAGCUUGGCAUUCAAUCGGAGAUACUGGUAUCCAGAAGGAUUGAAGUUGCUGGUUGGUACAGGAGUUGUCAAGGGCCAGGAAAAAGAGAUGUACCACGAGCCUCGCGAAGUCGGACUUGGCGAGAAGACCAUCGCGGACGUCUGCGAGGCAUUGAUUGGUGCCGCUUACCUGAGUCACGACAAGCCUGGAGAGGCGUGGGAGCCAGAGCAUUGGCGAGACGCUGUUCGUGCUGUCACAAAGCUAGUCAAGAGUGACGAUCACAAGAUGCAAACCUGGCAGGAUUACAUCGAUGCAUACGACAAGCCUGCGUACCAGACAGGCGAAUCAACCGCAGUACAGAAGGACCUGGCGCUGAGGGUCGAGAAGGAGCAUGCGUAUACUUUCACGUAUCCACGCCUGCUGUACUCCGCCUUCAUGCAUCCUUCAGUACCGUACAUGUACGAGAAAGUACCAAGCUACCAGCGUCUGGAGUUCUUGGGCGAUGCCCUUCUCGACAUGGCGAGCAUCACCUAUCUCUUCUACAAGUACCCAGACAAGGACCCGCAAUGGCUUACCGAGCACAAGAUGGCCAUGGUCAGCAACAAGUUCCUGGGCGCACUGUGCGUCGACAUCGGCUUCCACAAGCAUCUGCGUCACCAUCACGCCACCCUCGAGCACCAAGUUCGCGACUACGCGACCGAACUUCUUGAGGCCAAGCGCAUUGCGGGUAAGGGCUGUGUUGAUUACUGGACUACCGUCUCCGAUCCACCAAAGUGCCUUCCGGAUAUUGUCGAGGCAUAUAUUGGAGCCAUGUUCAUUGACUCCAACUUCGAUUACAACCAGGUACAACGCUUCUUCGAAGAACACGUCAAGUGCUACUUCGGCGACAUGACUAUCUACGACAGCUUCGCCAACAACCAUCCUUGCACGCACCUUCAUAACAUGCUCCAGACGACCUUCGGCUGUGUGGACUAUCGGCUCAUGGCUCGUGAGCUUCCUAGCGUCGACGGCAUGGAGAGAAAGGAUGUCGUGGCUGUGGUUAUGGUUCAUGACAAGAUCAUUGCACAUUCCGCUGGCAAGUCUGGUAGAUAUGCGAAACUUCGCGCUGCUAACAAGGCUUUGGAGAAGCUGGACGGAAAGCUUCUUCCUGACUUUCGUGCUGAGUUCGGAUGUGAUUGCAGGGAGGAUGAAGAGGGCAGAAUUGUCCUGGCGAAGGAUCUUGACAGUGUUGGAACCAACUCGAAGGAGAUCACUGAGACGAUGGGGAGCUGUGGUGUGUAG